AUGAUUAAGUACGGCGUCAUCGGACUGACCGAGGCGAUACCACUCCACCCAUUAAAUGCAGUAUAUAACACAGAAGAAGAACUGUUCUUAGGAACAUGCGACAGUAGAGGAGCUGAUGGAGUCGGUGUCCUUGUCAAAACGAAUAUGGCAAUGAACAUCGACUCGUUCGAGCAAAUGACGACCGGAGUCGGACAUUUCCAACCCAGCUCCAAACCCAUGGUUGACUAUGAGUGA